AUGGCGGAAGAUAUUGGCCUAGACUCCAAGGCAGACUCUGCACGCAGGCUCUCAGAAGUGGCAGAACCGCACACGUCGUGUGAGAUCUUCAAGACGCCUCCCAAUCUUGCUCUCCGCUGGCAACCCCCACAAGAUUUCACGCCUCCACCAGAGGACUUUGAUACAGACAAUGCUGACCUAUUGCCGGUCCGUCAAGAUCCAAUCUUUGGUGGGGAUCUCCAUACACCAGGCUGGGCUCGUGGCAAUGGUGCUCAGAAAGAAGGAUAUUGUGCUAGAUGCCCAACAUUUCACUGGGUCAAUAUCCCCGACGGCAGCUAUGGCUCCCAUCUGACAUACUUCCACGGUGUUCCUGAUUCAGGAGUUCCUCUACCUCGACCAAAGAGCAUUCGGCAAGUUCAUGGCAGAGUACAUGUGUGGGAGGGAUACUGCGAACCUUGUGGGAAGUGGAGAGUAUUGAAGAAAAGCAGUCGAGGCUGGAACUGGUAUCGUCAUUGGCUUGAUGACCACAAGCAACUGGUUGAGAAACAAACAGAGGCUGCUCAAAAUGGAGCCGGAUGCUGCGAACUCCAGGUUCAUGAAAAAGACAGUGCCGCUGAGCAAACAACGAUGAGUAACAAGACUGAUGGCAUGGAAGCUCUCGAGGUCCGCACAGAGCGCCUUCAUGACAACGCAUACGUCCACAAAAAGCUGAUAUUCUUCUCGCAAAACGACCUGUCCGAACAAUUGGUUCACACUAUUAAAGAAGCUGUGAAAAUUCGCUCAGAUGCGGACAUCAAGCUGAUUGCGAAUUUACGGGAUGAUGUUGGACAGACCAUGUUGAUGCGAGCAGCCUUACGAGGCGACGCAGACGUCGUUGAUCUACUCCUAGAUCUCGGGGCGGAUAUUGAUGCUCGAACAGCAGAUCAAAGCACUGCUCUGGAUUUUGCGGCGGACGCUGGGUUUUACGAGCUCGGGGCGCGAAUUCUGAAUUUUGGUCGCGAUACAGCUCCAUCUCACGUCUUCAACAAAAAUCAGGGACAAAAUGUGACUGAGCCAGCUGCAAAAGCUGAUGCCAAGGCGUCGACCUCCGAGCCCGCCCUCGAAUGUCUUUCAGAUAUAGGACUACUAGCUUGGAACGACGACAUAAAGGACAUGAAGAAGUUGUUGGACAACGACGAGUCCUACCAUUCCGAAAUAAACAUUGAAGACGGUGGAAAAUGCGGCCUAUCACCAUUCAUGUUGGCUUACGUGCGCCAUAACUCUGACAUGAUGCAGCUUUUAUUAGAGAAAGGUGCCAAUAUUAACGCGACCUCCAAACAAGGGUGGACGGCACUCAUGCUCGCCGCGAGUAUGGGGAAUGUCGCGGCCGUGGCUUUCUUGGUCUCCAAGGGCGCGGAUGUCAACCAUUUGUCUGCAGACAGAUGGACAGCACUGACAAAUGCUACGAAAAAAGGUUCUAUUGAGUGUAUGAGGGUUCUUUUGAGAGCUGGUGCAGAUCCCAACAUCAAAGUGCAGUCUGACUGGACUCCAAUAAUGCAUGCCGCAUAUCGCGGGGACAUUGCGGCCGUGGGAUGCCUUUUGAGCGCUGGCGCAUCUAUAGAAGAGAGCUCCGCCAGAGACGAGACGGUGAUGCUGCUAGCUGCGGCUGCUGGAUCGACCCGAGUUGUUCGACGUUUGCUAGACGCUGGAUGCCCUCCGGAGCCAGCUUGGUCUAGGAUACGCUCAACUUCAAAUGAAGGGACGAACACAGAGUCUGAGUGGCUUUGUUCGGAGUCAGAGUCCGCGCCCCUGCAGACGUCGCAGCAGCAAGCCGAACGGCGUUACGGUAUUGGAUGGACGCCGCUGAUGUUGGCGUGUCAAAACGGGAGUCUUGGUGUUGUCGUGAUGCUCUUGGACGCUGGUGCCAAUACGAGACCAAGAAGUCCCAUGAUGAAGACCGCGCUGGAGAUUGCCAAGGAAAAUGGCCGUGUGGUAAUAGCUGAUUAUCUUUCUAGCUGGGAAGCUCGGAAUGGAAAAGCUUAA